CAAACUAUCUUAUACCGGAAGUGCGUUAUGGAUAUGCGUUGUGGAUCAACUGUAGCGCCGCUUGUUUCGUUCUCUUGUGUUGACUGUGCGCGACAUAUACGGAGGAGUCUCUGACGUUCCGACGCUUUUUUAAUGUAGAAACGAUGGCCGGUAUUAAAGCCCUGAUCAGCCUCUCCUUCGGUGGAGCCAUUGGCCUCAUGUUUCUGAUGCUUGGCUGUGCCUUGCCUGUGUAUAAUGAAUACUGGCCCCUCUUUCUUCUCUUCUUCUACAUCCUGUCUCCUAUCCCGUACUGCAUCUCUCGGCGUGUGGUGGAUGAUACAGACUCGGCUAGUAAUGCCUGCAAAGAACUGGCCAUUUUCCUCACCACAGGGAUCGUUGUGUCUGCCUUCGGCCUGCCCAUCAUAUUCGCACGCGCUAGUGUGAUUGCCUGGGGGGCCUGCGCUCUCGUCCUGACAGGAAACAUUGUCAUUUUUGGCACCAUUCUGGGCUUUUUCCUCGUCUUUGGGUCGAACGACGACUUCAGCUGGCAGCAGUGGUGAAGCGGAGAACUGUUUUUACCAACAUACAUUCUUACCACGGCUAUUGUCGUGGUUCUUAUUGUCGUCUUUGUUAUUAUUUAUAGUGACUGGCCAUCCGUAUUAAGAGGAAAUCAGUGCAAUAAGUUGUCACUGGGAUCGGUUUGACCUCAGAAAGCUGUUGUUUUUUCUGUUUAUUUUGUGCAUUAGCAAUGUUUCUAGUUUUUUUUUUUUCCUUCUUGCAGGCAUGAUCGACGCUUCUCUACAGAAUGUAAAAUGUAUAAUACCACAGAAAAAAAUGAGCUAAUAUGGAUAGAUAAUUCUCUUUAUGAAGUCUGUGGUUAGAGCUAAUCACAGACUCUGUGAUUUGGAGCGCAUCCUUUAGCAUUAGUCUUUAGCUUGGUGAAUCUGCUGUGUAAUAUUUUAAAAGUGAAUUGCCUUUUCAAGUUACAUGGGUUUAGUUAUAAUUUAUUCACGUAAAAUGCACUGUCUACUGCCACCAUUGCAUUAUAGGUAGCACAAGUCCAUCCCAUAACCAAACGCCAGAACCAUUGCUGCUGUUUAAUGUAUAAUCUCGCAAUUUAGUAGCGAUACCCUGUAUAAUGCUCAGUACACAGCCAGUGUUUGAGAUAAAAGUGUAAUCGAAUAAAACAUUGUGUAUAGGAGCUACAAAGCUCACUUUGCUAACAAGUAACUGAGCACUGACUAGCAUCAUGCUAACCGUAUUCUGAAAUCAUCCCACUCGCUUCAAAUGGCGUCAUUAGCACAUAGACUAUUUCAUGUAGUUGUAAAGUGAGUCCGUAUUUACAAAUAUAAAUAUAUAAUAAUAAUAAUAAGUGAUCCUGUCUCAAAAUGGCUGCCACUAUAGUUUUCAGCUGUGGUGUCAGCAUCCUAUAAGCAGGUCUGUUUAAGAUUAACACUGAGGUAAAAAAGGGAUUAUUUCACUACACAGUUGACAUGAUGCUAAUCAUUCUAGUCUAAAUGUUGUGUGCACUGGAGCUGUGAGAAAGAUUAGCAUUAUGCUAACUAUUAUCUGAAAUCAUCACACUCGCUUCAAACAGCUUCAUGUAGUACCAUUAGCACAGACUAUUUCAUAUAGUUGUCAAGUGAGUCUGUAUUUACAAAUUUAAAUAUAUAAAUAAGUAUAAGUGAUCCUGUCUCAAAAUGGCUGCCACUAUUGUUUUCAGCUUUAAGGUAAUUUUGUCAGCACCCUAUAAGCAAGUCUUUAAGACUGAGGUAAAAAACACUGAGGUAAAAAGUGAUUAUUCUAGUCUAAAUGUUUGUACUGGAGGUGUGACGUAGAUUAGCGUUAUGCUAACUGUGCUCUGAAAACGUCACACACUUCAAAUAGCUUUAUGUAGUAGCGUUAGCACAUACACUAUUUCAUAUAGUUGUAAAGUGAGUCUUUUGUGAGUGAAAGUGAGUAAAGUGAGAUUUUAAUAUAUCAAUAAGAGUAAGUAGUUCUGUUUCAAAAUGGCUGCCGAUAUUGUUUUCAGCUGUGAGAUAAUUUUGUGUCAGCAACAUAUAAGCAAGACUGUUUAAGAUUAACACUGAGGUAAAAACGCAGUUACGAAGUUAGCAUGAUGCUGAUCAUUGUAGUCUAAAUGUUUUGUGCACUGGAGCUAUGAGAAAGAUUAGCAUUAUGCUAACUGUAUCCUGAAAUACUUACACACUCACUUCAAACAGCAAGUAACAAGAAUUUCAGAAACUUGUCUGUAAUUUACCUCAGAGGUAAGCGUGACAGUUUCAGCAGAGUUAGCUGUAUGCUAAUCUGUAUUCAUAGGCAUUUAUUACUUGUUAGCUUUAUUAGCUUUGUAGCUCUUUGCGAAUACUAAAGAAAAUUUGGACGCAACAUGGCUUAGCUUACUGAAUUACUGAAGGUGUGGGGAGAAAUUUUUCAAUUUAGUUUGACUUUUCUCUUCAAAACCAUUAAUGUGAAGUCCUGUUUUUUUUAGGUGACAAAAGUUGAGUCUCAAAACUUUUAGAAGCACUGAAUAAUUUGUUACAUGUUUAUUUUUUUUUCAUAUUAUUUAUUUCUUCCUCUGUUACUGUACUGUGUAACUGUAACCAUGUAAGAAACUGACUUAUUGCAAGUUGAUAAAUUAUUUUAAUGUAUUUAUCAGCCAUUUGUCCUACGAUAAGGUCGAGUGUCACAUUCGCCAAAAGGUACUUUCAUUCAGCAAUGUCGGCCAAUUCUGUGUGUGUAUAGUCGGAGUCCAAAACCACCAAGAACUGUUUUUAUUCACACUGGGAAGUGACAAGUCGCUGAUGUGUCACUUGCAAUUUGUCUCUUGUGGGCUUGUACUGUCCAGCGUUUUUGGAAUAAAUUCAGUUUUUGGUCUCAGACUUUUAAACCCGACUAUGAGUCAAAAUGAAGGAUAAGCCUCUGAAGUCAUCUAGAGUUUAGUUUAUUAGCUACAUGCAAAAUAAUAAUAAUAAAAAAAAAAGAAUUCACACAUUUCUAGUUAAUCCAAAGUGCUGUAAAUGUUUCAUUUCAAAUACUUUGCUUGUUUAAACUUGCGUUUCAACUAGACGUCCUAAGCUGCUUAUAUCUAAAAACAUUGUGGUCAUUGUUUUCAUUUUUUCCUUGUUUUUUUUUUUUUUUUUUUUUUUU